AUGUUGGUUGAUCAAACCGAAGGCGAGUAUCCACAUGAAGUAGUUGAGUUUCAACAAAAUCCUGCUAGACUUUCUCGUAAAAUCAAACAAUUGAGAAAUAAAUAUGCAACUGCUGUGAGAGCUGGGAAGAAAAGUGGUGGGGGUAGACAAGUUUUCAAGUUCUACGACCUCUGUCAGGAUGUUUUUGGGGGGAAUGCUGCAGCCGAGCAAAUACCUAGAGGUAUUGAAACUAAUCAUCAUGGUCCUGAGCCUAUCAGUGGCACAAUGGUAAACCAAGAAAAUGUUGAACCAAGUCAACAGGAAAACACCAUACUUGAUUCCGACGAGAAUUGCUCUGGAGAUUAA